GGGAGCCCUGUCCUGAAACCGGAGAGGGCUGGCGCCUGCCCCGCCCCCAGAGCUAAGUGAGGCGGCUCCAGAGCCCCAGCCGGAGGCAGUUGAGCCAGCCUUCCAGGCUUCUCUCAGCUCCCGCCUUUCCUCUGGUGUCCAGGCUCGGACUCUGCUUGUCUCCUCGAAAAUCCCGCAGCACAGCCCACCGCGAUGCGCUCGGGCCAGCAGCCUGUGCCUCCGGCCCCUGCCCUGGCCCUGGCUUUGACCUUGGCUAUGUUGGCCAGAUUCUCAUCCGCAGCCUCCUUCUUCGGGGAGAACCACCUGGAGGUGCCUGUGGCCACGAUUCUGACCGAUAUAGACCUCCAGCUACAAUUCUCCACGUCCCAGCCUGAAGCCCUGCUUCUCCUCGCAGCAGGCCAAGCGGACCACCUCCUCCUGCAGCUCCACUCUGGAUACCUAGAGGUCAGACUCACCCUGGGCCAGGAGGAGCUGAGGCUGCAGACCCCAGCUGAGACUCUGCUGAGCAACUCCGCCCUCCACACCGUGGAGCUGACCGUUUCAGACAGCGAGGCCUUGAUGUCCGUCGAUGGGCUCCUGAACACCUCAGCCCCCAUCCUGGGGGCUCCCCUGGAGGUCCCCUAUGGGAUCUUCCUGGGGGGCCCUGGGAGCCUUAGCCUGUCCUACCUGAAGGGAGCUAGCAGGCCCCUGAGGGGUUGUCUCCACGCUGCUACCCUCAAUGGCCGCAACCUGCUGCGACCACUGACCCCAGGCGUGCACGAGGGCUGCGCUGAAGAGUUUUCCGCUGAUGACAGUGUGGCUCUGGGCUUCUCUGGGCCCCACUCACUGGCUGCCUUCCCUGCCUGGAGCACUCGGGAGGAAGGCACCCUGGAGUUUAUACUCACCACUCGGAGCCAACAGGCACCCCUGGCCUUCCAGGCAGGGGGCCGGCAUGGGGAUUUCAUCUACGUGGACAUAUUUGAGGGCCACCUGCGGGCUGUGGUGGAGAAGGGCCAGGGCACGGUAUUGCUCCACAACAGCGUGCCUGUGGCCGAUGGGCAACCCCAUGAGGUCAGCGUCCACGUGGAUGCUCACCAGCUGGAAAUCUCCGUGGACCAGUACCCCACACGGACUUCCAACCGUGGGGUCUUCAGCUAUCUGGACCCACGUGGCAGUCUCCUCCUGGGGGGGCUGGACACUGACUCCUCUCGCCAUCUCCAGGAACACCGCCUGGGCCUGGCCCCAGGGGCCGUCAAUGCCUCGCUGCUGGGUUGCAUGGAGGACCUCAGCAUCAAUGGCCAGAGGCAGGGACUCCGGGAAGCCUUGCUGACGCGCGGCAUGGCGGCCGGCUGCAGGCUGGAGGAAGACGAGUAUGAGGAGGACCCCUAUGGCCCGUAUGAAGCUUUCUCCACCUUGGCACCUGACGCUUGGCUGGCCGUGGAGCUGCCUGAGCCCUGCGUCCCUGAACCAGGGCUGCCUCCUAUCUUUGCCAAUUUCACCCAGCUGCUGACCGUCAGCCCGCUGGUGGUGGCCGAGGGUGGCACGGCCUGGCUCGAAUGGCGGCACGUGCAGCCCACGCUGGACCUGAGCGAGGCCGAGCUCCGCAAAUCUCAGGUGCUGUUCAGCGUGAGCCGCGGGGCACGCCACGGUGAGCUCGAGCUAGACAUCCCCGGUGCCCAGGUGCGGAAAAUGUUUACCCUCCUGGACGUGGUGAACCGCAAGGCCCGCUUCGUCCACGAUGGCUCUGAGGACACCUCCGACCAGUUGAUGCUGGAGGUGUCCGUGACAGCCAGGGGGCCCGUGCCCUCCUGCCUUCGGAGGGGCCAAACUUACAUCCUGCCCAUCCAGAUAAACCCCGUCAACGACCCACCCCGUAUCAUCUUCCCACACGGCAGCCUCAUGGUGAUCCUGGAGCACACACAGAAGCCACUGGGGCCCGACGUUUUCCAGGCUUACGACCCAGACUCUGCCUGCGAGGGCCUCACCUUCCAGCUCCUUGGCACCCCCACCGGCCUCCCCGUGGAGCGCCGAGACCAGCCUGGGGAGCCAGCAACGGAGUUCUCCUGCCGGGAGCUGGAGGCGGGCAGCCUCGUCUAUGUCCACCGAAGUGGGCCAGCCCAGGACCUGACGUUCCGGGUCAGUGACGGGCUGCAGGCCAGCCCUCCCGCCACACUGAAGGUGGUGGCUGUCCGGCCCACCAUUCAGAUCCGCCACAACACAGGGCUGCGCCUGGCCCAGGGCUCCGCUGCCCCUGUCUUGCCCGCCAACCUGUCAGUGGAGACCAACGCCGUGGGGCAGGAUGUGAGCGUGCUGGUCCGAGUCACCGAGGCCCUGCAGUUCGGGGAGCUGCAGAAGCAGGGGGCAGGUGGGGCCGAGGGUGCCGAGUGGCGGGCCACACAGGCAUUCCAGCAGCGGGAUGUGGAGCAGGGCCGCGUGAGAUACCUGAGCACUGACCCGCAGCAUCGCACCGAGGACACCACGGAGAAGCUGGCCCUGGAGGUGCAGGUGGGCCAGGAGACCCUGAGCAAUCUGUCCUUCCCAGUGACAAUCCAGAGAGCCACAGUGCGGCUGCUGCGGCUGGAGCCGCUGCGCACUCAGAACACCCAGCAGGAGGCGCUCACCACAGCCCACCUGGAGGCCACCCUGGAGGAGGAGGCAAGCUCCAGCCCCACCACCUUCCACUAUGAGGUGGUCCAGGCCCCCAGGAAGGGCAAUCUUCGGCUACAGGGCACACGGCUCUCUGACGGGCAGGGCUUCACCCAGGAUGACCUGCAGGCCGGCCGGGUGACCUAUGGGGCCACGGCCCGCACCUCAGAGACAGUCGAGGACAACUUCCGCUUCCGUGUCACAGCCCCGCCGCACUUCUCCCCACUCUACACCUUCCCCAUCCACAUUGGUGGUGACCCGGACGCUCCCGUCCUCACCAACAUCCUCCUCUCGGUGCCGGAGGGUGGCGAGGGCACCCUCUCUGCUGACCACCUCUUCGUCAAGAGUCUCAACAGUGCCAACUACCUCUACGAGGUCAUGGAGCGGCCCCGCCAUGGGAGGCUGGUUUGGAGGGGGGCACAAGACAAGGCCACCGCGGUGACAUCCUUCACCAACGAGGACCUGCUGCAGGGCCGGCUGGUCUACCAGCACGACAACUCCGAGACCACAGAAGACGAUAUCCCCUUUGUGGCGACCCGCCAGAGUGAGGGCAGUGGUGGCAUGGCGUGGGAGGAGGUGCGGGGCGUCUUCCGCGUGGCCAUCCAGCCCAUAAACGACCAUGCUCCCGUGCAGACCAUCAGCCGCAUCUUCCACGUGGCCCGGGCUGGGCAGCGGCUGCUGACGACAGACGACGUGGCCUUCAGUGAUGCCGACUCCGGCUUUGCUGACGCUCAGCUGGUACUGACCCGCAAGGACCUCCUCUUUGGCAGUAUCGUGGCCGUGGAUGAGCCAACGCGGCCCAUCUACCGCUUCACCCAGGAGGACCUCAGGAAGAGGCGAGUCCUGUUUGUGCACUCGGGGGCCGACCGCGGCUGGAUCCAGCUGCAGGUGUCUGAUGGGCAGCACCAGGCCACCGCGCUGCUCGAGGUGCAGGCCUCAGAGCCCUACCUCCACGUGGCCAAUGGCUCCAGCCUUGUGGUCCCUCAAGGAGGCCAGGGCACCAUUGACACCGCUGUGCUCCACCUGGACACCAACCUCGACAUCCGCAGUGGGGAUGAGGUCCGCUACCGUGUCACAGCCGGCCCACACUGGGGGCAGCUGCUCCGGGCCGGCCAGCCAGCCACGGCCUUCUCCCAACAGGACCUGCUGGACGGGGCCAUUCUCUACAGCCACGACGGCAGCCUCAGCCCUCGAGACACCCUGGCCUUCUCUGUGGAGGCAGGGCCUGUGCACACAGACGCCACCCUGCAAGUGACCAUUGCCCUAGAGGGGCCAUUGGCCCCACUGCAUCUGGUCCAGCACAAGAAGAUCUACGUCUUCCAGGGGGAGGCGGCUGAGAUCAGAAAGGAUCAGCUGGAGGCAGCCCAGGAGGCAGUGGCACCCGCUGACAUUGUGUUCUCGGUGAAGACCCCCCCGCGGGCCGGCUACCUGGUGAUGCUGUCCCACAGCGCCUCGGCGGCCGGGCCGCCCAGCUUGGACCCGGUGCAGAGCUUCUCUCAGGAGGCGGUGGAUGCCGGCAGGGUCCUGUACCUGCACUCCCGCCCGGAGGCCUGGAGGGACGCCUUCUCCCUGGAUGUGGCCUCAGGCCUGGGUGCGCCCCUGGAGGGUGUCCGCGUGGAGCUGGAGGUGCUGCCUGCUGCCAUCCCCCUGCAGACGCAGAACUUCAGCGUCCCUGAGGGCGGCGCCCGCACGCUGGCCCCUCCGCUGCUCCGAGUCACCGGGCCUUACUUCCCCGCGCUGCCAGGCCUGGAGCUGCAGGUGCUAGAGCCACCCCAGCACGGGGCCCUGCGGAGAGAGGACGGUCCCCGAGACGGGACCCUCAGCGCUUUCUCCUGGAAAGAGGUGGAACAGCAGCUGAUCCGCUAUGUGCACGAUGGGAGUGAGACGCUGACAGACAGCUUCGUCCUGGUGGCUAAUGCCUCAGAGAUGGACCGCCAGAGCCAUCCUGUGGCCUUCACUGUCACCAUCCUGCCCGUCAACGACCAACCCCCCAUCCUCACCAAAAACACAGGCCUGAAGAUGUGGGAGGGGGCCACGGUGCCCUUCCUUCCAGAGGCCCUUAGGGGCACAGACAGCGACUCAGGACCGGAGGACCUGGUCUACACCAUCGAGCAGCCCAGCAACGGGCGGGUGGUGCUGAGGGCGGCGCCAGGCACCGAGGUCCACAGCUUCACCCAGGCCCAGCUAGACGGCGGGCUCGUGCUGUUCUCGCACACAGGCGCCCUGGACGGCGGCUUCCACUUCAGCCUCUCCGACGGGGAGCACACUUCCCCCGGACACUUCUUCCGAGUGACGGCCCAGAAGCAGCUGCUUCUCUCCCUGGAGGGCAGCCGGACGCUGACCGUGUGCCCAGGGUCGGUCCAGCCGCUCAGCAGCCAGAGCCUGAGAGCCAGCUCCAGUGCAGGCACCGACCCCCGGCACCUGCUCUACCGUGUGGUGCAGGGCCCCCGGCUGGGCCGGCUGUUCCAUGCCCAGCAGGGCAGCACUGGGGAGGCCCUGGUGAGCUUCACUCAAGCCGAGGUGUAUGCUGGGAAUGUUCUAUAUGAGCACGCGAUGCCUCCUGAGCCCUUCUGGGAGGUCCACGAUACCCUGCAGCUCCAGCUGUCGUCACCCCCUGCCCCCGAUGUGGCCACCACCCUUGUUGUGGCUGUGUCUUUUGAGGCUGCCUGUCCCCGGCGUCCCAGCCGCCUCUGGAGGAACCAAGGUCUCUGGGUCCCCGAAGGCCAGAGGGCUGAGAUCACCACGGCCGCCCUCGAUGCCUCCAACCUCCUGGCCAGCGUUCCAUCACCCCAGCGCCCAGAGCAUGACGUACUCUUCCAAAUCACACAGUUCCCCACCCGGGGCCAGCUGUUGGUGUCUGAGGAGCCCCUCCACGCCGGCCGGCCCCACUUCCUGCAGUCCGAGCUGGCUGCAGGGCAGCUGGCCUACGCCCACGGCGGCGGGGGCACCCAGCAGGAUGGCUUCCGAUUCCGUGCCCACCUCCAGGGGCCGGCGGGGGCCUCCGUGGCGGGACCCCAAACCUCAGAGGCCUUCGCCAUCACCGUGCGGGACGUGAACGAGCAGCCACCUCGGCCACAGGCGUCCGUGCCGCUCCAGCUCACCCGGGGCUCCCGCGCGUCCGUCUCGCGGGCCCAGCUCAGCGUGGUGGACCCGGACUCAGCGCCCGGGGAGAUAGAGUACGAGGUGCAGCGCGCCCCCCUCAACGGCUUCCUGAGUCUGGCGGGGGCCGGCCCAGGGCCCGUGACCCGCUUCACACAGGCUGACGUGGACGCCGGGCGGCUGGCCUUCGUGGCCAACGGGAGCAGCGUGGCCGGCAUCUUGCAGCUGAGCGCAUCCGACGGGGCCAGCCCUCCCGUGCUCGUGUCCCUGGCCGUGGAUGUCUUGCCGUCGGCCAUCGAGGUGCAGCUGCGUGCGCCCCUAGAGGUGCCACAGGCCCUGGGGCGCUCCUCACUGAGCCGGCAGCAGCUGCGGGUAGUGUCAGACCGGGACGAGCCGGAUGCUGCCUACCACCUCUCCCAGGGGCCCCGGUUCGGGCAGCUCCUUGUGGCCGGGCAGCCCGCCGCCACCUUCAGCCAGCUCCAGGUAGACCAGGGGGAGGUGGUCUUCGCCUUCACCAACUUCUCCUCCUCUCGCGACCACUUCAGCAUCCUGGCGCUGGCCCGAGGUGCCAACGCGUCAGCCACAGUGAACGUCACCGUCAGGGCUCUGCUGCGCAUGGGAGCGGGUGGGCCGUGGCCCCAGGGGGCCACCCUGCGCCUGGACUCCACUGUCCUAGAUGCUGGCGAGCUGGCCAACCGCACGGGUAGUCUGCCCCGUUUCCGGCUCCUGGCAGGACCCCGGCAUGGCUACGUGGUCCGCGUGCCCCGGGCCAGGACGGAGCCCAGGGACAGCCAGCUUGUGGAGCAAUUCACCCAGCGGGACCUUGAGGAUGGAAGGCUGGGGCUGGAGGUAGGCAGGCCGGAAGGUCGGUCCCCUGGCCCCACGCGCGACAGUCUCACUCUGGAGCUCUGGGCGCAGGGUGUCCCCCCCGCCGUGGCCUCGCUGGACUUUGACACUGAGCCUUACAAUGCAGCCCGACCCUACAGCGUGGCCCUGCUCAGUCUCCCCGAGCCUGCUCAGACAGAAGCAAGGAAGCCAGAGAGCAGCACCCCCACGGGGGAGCCAGGCCCAUUCACCUCCAGCCCCAUGCCCACCGUGGCCAGUGGGGGCUUCCUGGGCUUCCUGGAGGCCAAUAUGUUCAGUGUCAUCAUUCCCGUGUGCCUGGUCCUCCUGCUCCUGGCACUCAUUCUGCCCCUGCUCUUCUACCUCCGCAAACGCAACAAGACGGGCAAGCACGACGUCCAGGUCCUGACUGCCAAGCCCCGCAAUGGCCUAGCCGGCGACACCGAGACCUUCCGCAAGGUAGAGCCGGGCCAAGCCAUCCCGCUUACAGCAGUGCCCAGCCAGGGGCCCCCAGCAGGGGGCCAGCCCGACCCCGAGCUGCUGCAGUUCGGCCGGACACCCCACCCUGCUCUCAAGAACGGCCAGUACUGGGUGUGAGGCCUGGCCCGGGCCCAGAUGCUGAUCAGGCCGGGGACAGGCUUGCUCGGGCCCCGGCCCCAUUGCUCCCAUGCCCUGGCGCUGAGUAUCCCGAGAGCCAGAGAUACCUGGGGACAUGUGCAGUGGAGGGUGCUGGGAGGAAGUCCCAGGGGUCCGGGACCAAACAGAGUCAAGAGCUGGACUCCCCCCAGCUUUCUCCAUGCCUGGAGAAAUGCAAGGGGGCGGGCCAAGGUCAGAGGCAUGCUUGGAGUCAGUCCCCCUGCCCUGGAGCUAGUUUGGGCUGUCAAAACCAGAGUGACCUCCUAGAUACGUCAGGAUUCUGGAUCCUGGGUCUGUGAUCUUGGGUAAGUCACAGCUGACCCAUGCUGCUAAAAGGGCAAGGAGAGGAGAGGGUCGGGGAGAUAGACGGGGAUUCCUGGCUUUUCCACUCCAAGACAGGCCUCCCUUUGUCUCUGUCCCAGAGUUGAUGGGAAAACUUUUUCCCCUGGUUUUUUAGGGAGAUGGUAUUCCCUGGAGUAGAGGGCAGGAGGAGGGAGCCCCUCCACUCUCUAGGAGACAUAAGCCAGUAGAAUAACAUAUUCAGGGUGCGAGAUGGGGUGGGUUGCUCUGGGGAUGGGUUUAUUUAAGGGGGAUUGCGAGGAAGCUAUUUAACACAGUGUCGAGCUAGCCCAGACUGAUGGAGCCCCUGAGAGUGUGGGAUGGAGGAAAGUCUGAGGCCACUUCAUACCCAGAGCCCCACCUUGACAGGCUGAGGGCUAGGUAGGCAGUAUGAGUCUGUGGCCCCGGACCAGGCUGGGCUGUGGAGGGGGCAGGGCCUCAGGCCGGGGGCCGCUGCAAUGUCUGUGCUCGCCCAAGGACUGGGGGGUGAGCAGCUGGGGGCACUCAACUCCAUGGGGCCUGGAUAAAUGGUGCUGUGGAGGUUCUGGACAGCUGUGUGUUAUUUGUCUGACCAUGCACUGGGCCCUUGUCCACACCGGCCUGCACUCCCCAGGGGCAGGCUGUCCCACCAGGCCCCAGCCUGCACGCUGGACAAGGCCACAUGAGCCCUAAAUUACCACCUCCAGGGGCCUUUCAAAUCUCCUCUGUCCCUACCUGUGUAGGCAGGUGGGCCAGUCUUUGUGGGAUGGGACCAAAGCCCUUUAGUUUAGUAGAGAUAGGCUAGGCCCCCUCCAAGGAGCUCAAAGAAACAAUGAAAUCAGGAGAUGUAUUCAGUGUCCCAGCCAUAGAUUUCUUAGCCUGAGUUUUGGCCUCCACAGCCUCAUCCCUCUGCACCUACCUCUCAAGCGGUUGGAGUGGCAAAGGUCAGGAGACGGGAACGUAGGGAUCCCAAGGCUGGGACCUGGUGCUUCGGGGGAGACGAGGGGACCACCACUGGUGCCUUCCCUUGACUCCCUGGAGAUUUUCACAAGGAAGAUUUCUAUUGGUCUCCACCCCCCAACAAGAAGACCAAGGAAGGGUGCUCCUCCUCGAAGGCAGGGUAAGCAGCAAGGAUUCUGAAAAGCCAGCUGUCCCGAAAGGCUGUCCUCUGGUUAGAGAGGGAUUUGAGAUACAGGGUCUCCAGAAGACCCUCUAUGAGCUACUAAGGAGUCACCACCUUCUGCCCCUCUCCCUUUUGAGGGUUAUGGGCAAUGAGGACAGAUUCUGGGUCCCAGGUGACCCUGCCUGGCAGUAAGCUGAAGUCCUCAGAGGAAACGCAGCGUGGGAGGUGUGCAAGCUCUGGGGUGUCAGAGCCCGGGGCCCGAGCACAGCUAGAUUGGGGGUGGAGAGCCCCAGCCAGCACUUGACAGCUGACCGGUGUCUGGGGAGCAGAAUCACCUCUUCCCUGUGUCUCCAUAUCGGUAACAUCUGACCCAGGAACUAGGGCAAGAGAGGAAACUCCCUCCUCCCCACUGUGCUGUCCCUAGAGUACCUGCCAGGACGCCUCUCAGCAGCCCCUUCCCAUCUCGGCAUCCCCCAGAUCCUCCUCCACUCACAAGACUGGGGCAGGUCACCUGGAAUCCUGGCAUAUCACUGCUGAAAGGGCCCCCAGGGGACCAAGGGCCGGCUGAGAAGAGAGAGGGUGCUGUCCAGUCACACACAGCCAGGCAGCAUUAGAAUAGACCAGACCCCAAGGCCCAACCAGCUCUUUUUGCCACACUGAAGAGCCUGCACCCAAGGCCCGUCUCCAGGGCCCAUAGAUGAGGACCCCCACAGAGAUCCCUCUACACCAGAAGCUCAAAAUCCUGGCCUGGCUUCCUGCUACAGCCUAGUCUCUCUGGCACCCCUCGGGCCAGCCUCAUACAAGGGGCCCUGCCAAGGGUGUCUCCACACCACAUCCCAUGCGCUCUGCCCUGCCUCUUCCUGGAGCUCGGGGCCGGAUCCUCAGGGCCCUAAUAUCUGGCGCCAGUCUCCACCCAGGGCGACCAGUUUCCCUGGGAGUGUAAGCUGAGACAAGGGUGACAGACCCGCCAGGCAGGAUCUGGCCUCAUCUCCUAUUUCCCUCCCCCCGCCCCCAAGACUGACGACACCCUCUCCGUUCACUCAGCCCAGCCUGCCCUGCCCACCCCCCACCCCCCUAGGGAGCUGGCACAGGCUGACACUGCUCCAGCUCCUUUCAGCCCAUGCUGGACAGUGGGCUAGUACCCAGGGCAUUGUGCACACAGCACCAUGAGGACCUGGGAGAGGGUCUUCCACUGGAACGCCAAACUUGGAACCCACUCUAAAUGUAGGGCCUCGAUUUAUGUAAAUCCCUUGCAGAUUUCAGAUAGGCACCCAAGGCUUAAGGGGAUUGCUAUCCACUUUGCAAAAUAACUCACUAUCCCCUUACUUAAGAAGCUAGCUCCUCCCAGGCACUGAGAUAGAAGCGAACCUGUGCACAAGAGUUUAGGAAUAUCUGGGAGCACUCUGACCCUCUUCUUCACACACACACGCACGCACACACACACACACACACACACACUGCACUUACGCACACAGCUGUGUACCUUUAGACCUUCAGACACACAGCACACACCUGCCUAUGUAAUACAUCCACCCACACAGAGAUACAGGUGCACGCACAAGCUUCGGAGCUAAGUACUCCUCACCUGCGGGCCCCCUACAGUCCUCAGAGCUGGCCAUGUGGAGCCAAGGGCUAGGACUCCCUGACCAUCCAGAGACCCAAACUGACAUCAGCAGAGCCAGGAAGUGGAACCACAGCAGGCGGGGGUGUGGGGAACAGGGGGAUGGCCAGAGGGCCCAGUUCUUGGGGUCCCCAGCUUGGAAGUCCUGCCCACCACCCAAAAUGCUUUAGCCUCUUAGAUGCUAAAGAAGGGGCUCCCUUAAGCCCCUCUCCUCAUGCUAGGAGCUGGCCCCUCAAGUGGAGCUGCUAUGGCAGCUGUGGACCCCACAGAGCUGGAACCAUCAUCCCCCAAGAGGAAGCACGAGGCAUGGAUCUGCACCCCCUCAACUCCACCUCUCCCGUUGGGGGUGGGAACUGCCAGGGAUGCUGGCAUCUUCUUCUGGGCCCCGAAGAUUCAGGAUCUUAAAGGAAUGGAGGUACUUCAGCAGCUCCCAGAAUGCUCCGGUUAGGUCUCCCAUUCCUUGCCAGAACAGGUGAGGAAGCCCUGGCAAAGGAUUGGAGCCAGGAUGGGAACCAGACCUGCUGGAGGCCUCUCUCCACAGCCCCUCUCCUUCCUCGUUAGUAUAGUGGUGAGUAUCCCCGCCUGUCACAGCCCCUCUCCUACCCAAGGUUCCCUUGGAGUUAACACCAUCCCUGUCACUAAACCACUAGGAUUAGUGGGGCAUUGGCAAGGGCAUUUUGUGCCAAAAAUGUUGUGGGAGAUGCCCAUAGGAGUCCACCCAGCCCUUCCGAAGAGUCCCAGACAUGCCACUGAGUAACUACCACACCAUGACGUGUGCCCUAACCCAAGGCGUGUCAACAGGCUGCUGAGGGAAGCCCAUCGUGGGAAGGCAGCUGGCUCUGCCUGCUUCCCUCUUUCCUGAGAGAGUGUGGGAUCUUUCCACAGAAGGGACAGCCAUGCGGCUGCUAAAGCUGAGCAUGCCCAGCUACCUCGUGGUCUCAUUGCCCUUCUCGGUGUCAUGAGGUACAGUACUUAUGAUAGCUGCUGUCCUCAAUAAGGAUACCAGCUCCUCAGGGCACCCCGGGGAGCUCAGCCGGUUAAGCGUCCAACUCUUGAUUUUGGCUUGGGUCAUGAUCUCAGGGUGGUGAGACUGAGCCCUGUGCUGGGUGUGGAGCCUGCUUAAAAUACUCUCUCCCUCUGCCUCUUUGCCCCUCCCAUCAUGCACGUGCUCUCUUAAAAAAAAAAAAAAUGCCACCUCCUCAGAGGGCCGCCAGGAUAACUGGUGGGUUGUUGUGCCGUGUUCCUUCACAAUGCAGAUGUCCUAAGACCCCCCGAAGACAAAAGUAACCCUUGGUCAAAUCAUCCUAUGGCCAAGAAGGGACUUUUCUACCCAAACAUAGCCUCAGCUGGGGGCUCAAGGAGUUCCCAUGCCCCUCAACCUGAGCACUGCCAGCUCUGUUAGCCCAAAGCCUAGAGCUAAUCCAAGGCUUCCUUUGGAUGCCUUGUGAGGUCACAGAGGGCUCAAGUGACCCUGGGUCCUGAAGGCCCAAGCUGCACGGACUAAGUCUUUGUUGCUCAAAGUGCGGUCCAUGGACCAGGAGCACCAGAAGCAUGUGGGAGCUUGUUAGAAAUAAGAACUCCUGGAACGCCUGGCUGGCUCAGUCAGAAGAGCGAGCGUGCGACUCUUGAUCUCAGGGUUGUGAGUUCGAGCCCCACGUUGAGUGGAGAGAUUACUUAAAAAUAAAAUCUUCAAAAAAGAAAAAAAAAAAAGAGGACUCUAAGGCCUCACCCCAGAUCAGCUGAAACAGACUCUGCAUUUUAACAAAUACUAAAGUUUAAGACACUUUGACUUAGGUCCUUCACCUCCAAAUGGAGAAACAGAGCUGAGAGAGGCAGGGACCAGGCCAAGAUCAUAGUAAGUCAAUGACAGAGCUAGAAAGAAGUCAGACCCCAUGAUCCAGUUCCCGAGUUUUGUCUUUCAACUCAAGCUGUCCAUCCUUCUUCCCCACACUCUUCUGAAGUCCCUAUGUCCCCUGCAGAUUUGGGCGGACAGGGUUCUGUUGUGGGGAUUCCUGCUCAGGGGCCUCCACUGAGGACAAAAGGGAAGCACAGGAGGACGAGGCUGGUAGCCAGGCCUGAUCCAUUGGGGAGGGUCUGCAGAAGAAGCCCACUUCCACCUCACCUCCCAAAGACAGGUUCCCUGGAAAGUGCAGCAGCCCCCUACCACCCUGCCUUCUGCAGUCCAGCUAGUCCCUCCCUCCCCACCUGUCCGGGUUCCACCUGCAGAGGGAGGGACAGAAGGAGGGGUCUGGCCAAGGCCCCCCAGUCAGUGCAUUGGGUCUCCCCCACAGUAGAGCAUCAACAGGCAGCAGAGGAAGGACAAAGAAGCUACCUGUCAGGCCACUGCGUGGGCCCGGUCAAGAAGGAGGGCAUGGGCCUCCCAUAGCACUCUGUCCUGUCCUGCAGAGGGAGACUGGACCACUACCUGUCCCUUCUGGACCCCAGAACAAAUGCUUGGCCCCCCAGCCAGCAUGCUGUCUUGGUGCUGUGCAUGCCUUUGGGACCCCCAACUGCCCUCCCCCGCCCAGGCUGCUGAGGCCCCCAGCCCCCUGUCCUUGCAGUAAACAUAGGUCAAGGCUGUGUGCCCACGGGGGGCAAUGUCCAGCCGGGCCCGGGGCUAGGUACAUAGCUGAUGCUCGGUAAACAUCUACUGCCAGCAUAUAGCCCCUCCUUUCCCACUGUCCAAAAGGUCUCUAACCAUGAUCCCACCCAGACCCCAUAUCCUGACUUCCCAUCUGGUUCCCCUGGCUUCCCUCAUCUCUAGGAGUGCUAGCAGGGCUCCCAACCACUGCUCUGGCCCCCAGACCCCUCCCAGAGCCCAGGCAGACCUGGCCCCAGGUCCUAAGUUUCUAAGGAGCAGGUUUAAUCUGUCCCUGCCAGACCCUUGAGCACUCACUUCUCUCUUCCUCCAUACGCACCAGCGGCUCCCUCCUACCAGAUACCUGGGGUCUAGCUGCUCAGAAGCACAUGGGCAGAACACUUUGACCAAAUCAUAUGUGGGAGCCUACCACCGAUGGACUCAAACUGAUUAAAUGGGACAGGAGGAGGAGACAACCCAGAACCGCCUUACACUUGCCUUCCCCUGCCGCUACACGUCCUCCUCAGAGCUCCAGGAGCCACUGGCCACUGUGCCCGCUGUUCUAACCACUGUAGGGCUCACCUGAUCCCAACCUUCAGAGACCAGCCAAGGGUGCCCCCACCUUUACCUGACCCAGAAGACCCUGCAUUCAGUUCAGGUCUCAGAGUCCCAGCCUACCUCCUGGAGGCUCAAAACCCUUCCAGAUGCCAAAGAUGCAUCUUUCAGCAGUGGGAUUCCCAGCACCUAGAGAUGCCUCAGGGCAAGUGUGAGUGAGCCAGGGAUGCUGGACAUGCUGGCCAGAGCAGAGACCUCCAAGCACCAGAGAGCAGCAGGGAGAACCCUGCUGGGUCUUGUUGGGGAAGGUGGAGCCUUUUCUAAAGGGCUGUUGGUUGAGCAAGCAGGCAGGUGGGUGAGGCUGGCGGAGCCUGAGCACUCCUGGAAGGCUGUGAGUCAGGGCGGAAGGGCUCCUCCUGAGUCAGCCCUGCUAAAAGGUUGCCCUGUGGGCGUCGCUCCUGAGCUAGGCAACUGGGGCGUGACUGGUGGACCCAAGAAGGUUCCAGGCCCUGGGAAUUCAGCCCCUCUGCCCCAUGAGCUGCCUGAGAAGCUCAGUCUGGGGAUAGAAGCCAUGAACUAAAGGAGGGAGGGCAGCGAUGGUGACUGUGCCUGCCCAGUGAACUUGUACAAGUCCACCCACCUGUGGAUGGGAUGUGUGACCCUAGCAAGUACCGACCCAGGCCUGGGAGAGCUUGCUACCUGCUUUCUGCCUACGGCCCUGCCUCCUGUCUUCGUUUCUGCCCAGUUCCCAGUUCCUACUGCCAGGAACGGUACGUGAUUAGCCAGAGGCCCCACCCCCUGCCUGAAUUAGAACCUCUCGAAGCAGUGCAACUGACCAAGGCUGCUUUUCCAAGUGUUGUGGCAAAGCUCUUAGAACAGCACCAGGCACAUAGAAAAUGCUCAAUAAAUGUUGACUAUUAUUAUCAGUGCUGUUAUGAUGGUGGUUAUUACUGAAUCGCCUAGCAUAUGGGUCUGGCAUAUUGUAGAAGUUUAACAAAUGGUCAAAUUGACAUUAUUGUUACUACUAUAAUUUAUUACAGCCAUCACAGUGCCUGGCGCAGAGUAAGUGCUAAACAAAUGCUCAGUCCUGGAGCAUUUGGAAAUUCCCCAUUUGGAA